AUGACAUGUCAACUUCAAAAAGAUGGUAUGUUAGAAGUUGUUUCUUUUCAUGAACAACUUAAUCAUGAGUUUGCUCCUUCACCAAUGAAACAUAUGUUAAGAUCAAAAAGAAAAAUUGCACCUGCUCAAAAAGCUAUUGCAAAUGAUGCAGAGAAAUCUGGAAUAUCAAUAAAACAAACUAUAGAUUUAUUGAGCAUGCAAGUUGGUGGUCAUGAAAAUCUUGGUUUUUUAGAUUAUGACUAUAAAAAUCAUGUACAUCGUGAGAGGAGAAAGGCUUUAAAGAAAGGUGAUGCUCGUGCUAUGAUGGAAUAUUUUCAUAAUAUGCAAUUAGAAGAUCCAUCUUACUUUUAUUCAGUACAAGUUGAUGAUGAUGGUCUAAUAUUGAACAUAUUUUGGGCUGAUGCUAGAUCAAUAGUUGAUUAUGGCCACUUUGGAGAUGUUUUGUGUUUUGAUACAACUUAUAGGACAAAUCAAUAUGAUCGACCCUUUGCUCCAUUCAUCGGGGUUAAUCAUCACAAACAAACAACCAUCUUCGGUGCAGCUUUACUUUAUGAUGAAACCAUAGAGCCAUUUAUGUGGUUGUUUAAAACUUUUUUGAGUGCAAUGUCAGGGAAGCAGCCAAAAACUAUACUUACAGAUCAAUCUGCUACAAUGGCUAAGGCAAUAGCAGAGGUAUUUGUUGAAUCGAAUCAUCGUUUAUGUGUAUGGCAUAUUUAUCAAAAUGCUGCUAAGAAAUUAAGUCAUGUAUUUCAUUCAUCAAAGCACUUUGCAGCUGAUUUGAGCACUUGUAUGUAUGAUUAUGAAGAUGAAGAUGAAUGGCUAGUUGCAUGGAAUAAUAUGCUUGAGAAAUAUGAUCUUACUAAUAAUAAAUGGUUGUGUGGGAUAUUUGAUCUAAAAGAAAAAUGGGCCAUGGUAUAUGGUCGACAUAUGUUUACUGCUGAUAUGAAAAGCACCCAACGUAGUGAGUCAAUGAACAAUGUGUUGAAAAAAUACUUGAAAUCGAAAUAUACUUUUUUGCCCUUUUUGGAACAUUACUCUAGAAUCUUGGCUGAUAGAAGAUGUCAAGAAUUACAAGCCGAGUUCAAAAUGAGGCAGACAACACCAGUUUUACAACUUGAUGUGGAGAUGUUGAGACAUGCUGUAAUGUUGUACACCCCAAAAAUGUUCAAAAUGUUUCAAGAUGAAUAUAUGAAGAUGGGGGAUUGUACAAUUUUCAAGGUUAGUAAAUCUGAUACUAUCAUUGAAUACAAAGUUAAAUAUAGGCAAAAAACUCAAGAGCACCUUGUUAAAUAUGAAGCCUCAACAACUAAUGUUCAGUGUAGUUGCAUGAAGUUCAGUUUUGUAGGAAUUCUUUGUGUCCAUGCUUUGAAGGUUCUUGACAAAAAAAACAUUCAGAUACUUCCAACUCAUUAUAUAUUGAAAAGAUGGACACAAGAUGCAAAGCUUGGUUCUAUCAAGAACUAUCAUGGUGUUGAUAUUAAAGGUAAUGCUCAAGAGUCAUUGGGAAAGCGUUACUCUCAUUUAUGUCACAAUUUUCGUGAAGUUUCCAUACUUGCAGCAGAAUCUGAGAUUAUGUAUGAUUAUGCCAAAAAAUGUUCUGAAACAUUAUUGAAGGAUUUGCAAGAAAUGAGGAAAAAAUGUUAUUCCCUUAGCAUGGAGGAUCAUUCAAAGGUCCAUGAUGAAAUUGUUCUUGAGGAUGUUUUACAAGGUGAUAAUGGAUGCCAAUCCCUUGAGGGCAUAACUUUUCAGGAUAUACGUGGAAUUAAAACAAAACCUACUGUUGGACGUCCAAAAUCAAGGUUGAAAGGUGUGUUAGAACGGCCAAGAAAUCCUAAAUCUCAAAGAAAAAAGGCCAAUUCCUCAUUUGACAUUAAUUCUCUUGAAGAAAAUAGUAAUGUUGAACAAGUUUCACAGUUGGUGGAUAAUUUCACUCAGGAAUCUGUCUUUUGUAGUCAUUUGGUUGGACAAGACUAUGUUGUUGGACAAAUUGUUGAGACAAAUCAGGUUUCAGUAGCUCUUGAUGAUAAUUUAUAA